CGAGGGUUGGUUUGCGCGCGGACUCCGAGUGCGGCCUGUCGGUGGCCUGGUCCCGUAGCAUCUGUCACUCAUGGCGGUGGCGCCUCCGCAGCAGCGGCCCGCCGAGGCCCGGGCCCGGAACUUGCCCUGGGUUGAAAAGUACCGGCCACAGACCCUAGGCGAUCUCAUUUCUCAUCAGGACGUUCUGAGUACCAUUCAGAAGUUCAUCAGUGAAGACCGUCUGCCACACCUGCUUCUCUAUGGCCCUCCGGGGACAGGAAAGACGUCCACCAUCCUGGCCUGUGCCAAGCAGCUGUACAAAGAUAAGGAAUUUGGCUCCAUGGUCUUGGAGCUGAAUGCUUCCGAUGACCGAGGAAUAGAUAUCGUUCGGGGGCCAAUCCUCAGCUUUGCCAGCACAAGGACAAUCUUCAAGAAAGGAUUUAAGCUUGUGAUCCUGGAUGAAGCUGAUGCCAUGACUCAAGAUGCCCAGAAUGCCUUGAGACGAGUGAUCGAGAAGUUCACAGAGAACACCAGGUUUUGCCUCAUCUGUAACUACCUGUCCAAGAUCAUCCCUGCCUUGCAGUCAAGGUGCACAAGGUUCCGAUUUGGCCCUCUGACGCCUGAACUCAUGGUUCCUCGCCUGGAGCAUGUAAUAGAACAGGAGAAUGUUGAUAUAAGUGAAGAUGGAAUGAAGGCCCUUGUCACUCUGUCCAGUGGGGAUAUGCGAAGGGCUUUGAACAUUCUGCAGAGUACCAAUAUGGCCUUUGGGAAGGUGACAGAAGAGACUGUCUACACCUGCACCGGGCAUCCCCUUAAAACAGACAUUGCCAACAUUCUGGAUUGGAUGUUAAAUCAAGACUUCACCACUGCCUACAGAAACAUCAUGGAGCUGAAGACUCUGAAGGGCUUGGCUCUGCAUGACAUCCUGACCGAGGUUCACCUGUUUGUGCACAGAGUUGACUUUCCAUCUUCAGUUCGGAUACAUUUACUGACCAAGAUGGCAGACAUUGAGUAUAGACUUUCCGUUGGCACCAAUGAGAAGAUACAGCUGAGCUCCCUCAUUGCUGCUUUUCAAGUCACCAGAGACCUGAUAGUCUCAGAGGCCUAGCCACUCCAAGGCCUGCUGGCCCUGCCUCAGGCCCAACAGUGACAGAGAACAGAGGACUUGCUUACUGGUGAAGUACUGCCCUGGACUGAUAAAGAGUCACAGAAGUCUCUCCCCAGGCAUUUGGGCAGUGCUAUCUGUGGCUGUUGGGAGCGGGACCUACCAAGCAACUUUAAUUCAUAACUAUCCACACUGCUUGUCUUUUGUAGGGAAAAAUAAAUCUUUUUGGGGGUGGGGGGAGAAUUGCUAUAAAUCUUCACUGUCAGUUGCUGGGUUGACAAAAUUGGCCUUACCUCAUGUCUGCAGUGUGAUGUUCUAAUUGAACAACCCUUCAGAUGCUUCCAACUUAGGGUCUGCAUCCCUGAAUUUAAACUUUCUCACUUUUGUAUAUACUUUAAAUGGGUGCUAGUGGGUUUCUGAUCAAAACUGUUUUGUUACAGUUUUAAAUCGGUCUUUUGCCCAGUGUGUAACAUGCCUAUAACCUCAGGACUCAAGAGGCUGAGGCAGAAUUACCAGCCAAUUGUAGGCCAGCCUGCUGAGAUAAGCCCUAUCAGAAACAAAACAACUGUCUUUUCCUUUUUCAGAAGGCUUCCCAGCAGGCUCCGAACUCUCUUGUGGCAGUAGCAGAGAAACUGUAAAAAUACAGCUAGCCUUCAGACUGCCUUUCUGGGCCUCACUUGUCGGGGAGGGAGGGGAUGCUGUGACUGUCCCCGCCUGCACGGCCAGGCUGCACUUAGACCAGUCCUCCACGGUAGGAGUGGUGCCUGCUCAGCGCCCUGUGCCUGCUGUCUCUAGUGUCAAGGAUAAGCUCUCCUUGGAGGUUAUUCCUAAUAAAGCUGUUCUGGCAGGCUUAUGUACAAGGUAGAAAAGUGUGUGCAUUCCCUUGGGACCAAACUUCCCCUGGGCUAGAGAGGGGCUGUGCUUGCUACUCACAUGGUGUGCCGUGUGAGGUGCAUC